AUGCGACAGGAGUCAACGUUUACGACUGACAGCGACUCCGCUGUCGCCGGUACGUCGUGUGCGGCGCCUGCGACGGCGUACGAGGCGCGGCGACUGGCGAAGGUGCGUGAGACGCAGCGACUGGUGGCGGAGCUGCGGAUGGAAGCGGACGAGCUGAAGCGGGCCGCACGGCAGCAGCACACGUUGGCGAAACGGCAAAAGACGGCCGUGGGGCGAGUGGACUACUGUGAGACGCGCCGCCCCCUCGCACCCGCCACGCCCGCCAGGCCGCCCGCCCCCGGCGCUGCAGUGGGUGCACGCGGCGCACUGCACGCCCGCCAUGGCGGUGGCGGCAGCCCACGCGGCAGCACUGGGGGGCCGGGAGGUGGCAGCAGCGAGGGGGGCGGCGGUGGCAAGGAGGGCGCGGGUGUGCUGGUGUGGGUGCCACGGCGCUUCUUCCCUGGCGGGGGCAGUGCUGUGCAGCAGCUGUGGGGGCAGCGGGAGCGGGGAGAGGCGGGUGAAGGGAGCGAGGAGGUUGCAGGGAGGGGGCGAGUGCAGCAGUGCAAGUGGGAGGAGUGCGGUGGGGGAGGGGCAGAGAGGCGAGCAGCAGGCGGCACGCGGAGGGAGGUGGCGGAUGACAGCGGCGGCGUGGCGGUGGGGUGGAGGGCCAGGCCGUUCCUGUGCCGCGUGGCGACGGCAUGGCAGCAGGGGGGGGAGGCGAGGGGGAUGGUGGUGGGCAAGGGGGGAGAGGGUGGCGAAGGGGAGCAGCUUAGGUGGAGAGAGCAGCAGGGGAGAGGCGCAGAGAAAGGAGAGGAGGACAAGGAAGGGCGGGCAGGCAGUGAGGGGCUGGUGUGGGUUCCCAAGCCGUUCCUCUGGGGUGCGGUGGGGAUAGUGGAGGUGGCAGUGCGGCACGGCACGGUGCAGCACAGUGGAGUGGGGGGAAGUGCAGAACAAACAGCUGUGCACAGGCAAGUGCGGGUGGUGUUGCAGAGGCGAGGGCAUGAGCGUGAGUGCAGUGGGGCAGAUGGCGAGGAGGAUGGCGGCGGUGACACCAGCAGCGCCGCAUGCAGGGGCGCGGCAGGCAGCAGCAACGGCGGGGAGGGACGGUGCAGCCCUGAGAGGGGGCCAGGCGGGGCAGGCAGGGAGGCGGGGAGGGAGGGCAAGGGGCGCGAAUGUGCGGUGGUGUGGGCCUCGCGGCCCUUCCUCACUGCCGCUGGCGCCCGCAUGCUGCCCUGGCAGGCGGUGGGCGCGGUGACUAAGGGGGACCAAAGUACACGAGGGGAAGGGCAGAGUUCAAGAGAGGGAGGAAACGAGGGGGGGAAAGGCAAUGGUAGGCUGCUGUGGGCGCCGAGGGAUUUCGUUUCCAAUGGAGAGACUGUGGUGCCGCAAGCAGGGGGGAAGUCACAGAGAGGGGAGGCACAGGGAAGGGAGGCACAGGGAGGGGAGGGUGAGGCGCGGCACAGGGAAAAGAGCAUGGAGGACGAUGGGGCUGGUGGUGGUGAUGGUGGUGGCGGCUUCAUGCAGCACAGGCAUGAAGAAGCCAUGCAUGUGCGGCACACAGUGGACGAUGAGGCCGGGCCUCAAGGGGCUGUGGGCGCGUGGGAGAAGCGCAGGGAGGGGUGCGAUGAGCAGCGCAGGGAGGGGUGCGAUGAGCAGCGCAGGGAGGGGUGCGAUGAGCAGCGCAGGGAGGGGUGCGAUGAGCAGCGCAGGGAGGGGUGCGAUGAGCAGCGCAGGGAGGGGUGCGAUGAGCACGGCUUCCGCUUGAGAGACAGCCGCACGUGGCGCUACUGCCACCAGUGCAGUGGUGGGACGGAGAUGGCAGCGGGACAUCCAAGCAUCGUCUCUCUGCCGCCCCUCGCCAUGCUCCUCCCUUCCACUGCCUUCUUCAUUGUAUCGCCUCUCCCCAUCCUGCUUCCCCAUAUUUCCUUCCCAAUGCUCUUUGUAGAGCCCCCCUUCCUUAUAUCACCCCUCCCUGCUAUUUUCUUUUACGUCCCCUCACAUGCCCCUGUCACAUGCCCCCGUCACAUGGCCCCCGCACAUCGCUGCACCUAUCAGAGCCAUGACAACGGGUCGCACCACACGCUGUACGGCGUGCCGGGCGGGGAGGAACCAGGUCUGCGCCGACUGCCUCCUUUCCAGGUACCCUUGCCGCUCUAG